AUGGCAGGACAAGGCUUAAGAACACUAGGAAUUGCUUUUAAAGACUUAACUGAGGAUGAUAUGGAAAAACUAAAGGAAGUUGAUAAAAAUGGAAUUCCAGUUUUAGAAAAGAAAGGACUAAACUUGAUUGGGAUUUUUGGAAUUUAUGACCCUCCAAGAAAUGAAGUGCCUGAUGCAAUCCAAGCUUGCAAAAAAACUCAAAUAAAAGUCCGAAUGGUGACUGGCGAUAAUCAUAUAACUGCUUUCGCAAUUGCAAGAAGCAUUGGUAUUGCAAAUGAUAAUAGCAUAGCUAUGAUCGGAGAAGAAUUCAGGAAAGAAGUAGGAGGAAUUGUAUGUGAUGAAUGCAAGACUGAGCUUUGUGACUGUCCUAGAAAUUCCAAAAAUGCUGGAGAUAGAAAAGUGAGAAAUGACGUGGUCGGGAAUUUCGAAAAUUUCAAAAAAGUCAUUGGACAUCUUGAUGUUUUAGCAAGAUCUCAGCCUGAAGAUAAAUAUAACUAUCGUGCUCAAUUAACUCAUAUAAGAGUUAUUUUUUAGCUUGGAUUUAGUACAACUUCAAACAGAUUUGCCAAAACAAUUUAUUUUUCGUAUAUUUACUAUCCAAUGUCAAUUACAUAUUUUUAAAAAUAGUUACAUUUUAUUUGAAUGGAAUUUUUUUUGUUAGAUUUUUCUCUUGGCUUUAAUAGAUAUUAAACAGUUUUUAGUAAUAUCUAACAAGGAAAAGCUUCAACCAAAAUUCUUACUCCCUAAAAAAAAUUUACUCAAAAAAGGUAAAAAAUAUUUUUUAUAAAUUUUUUUUUUCAAAAUUUAAAAAUAUUGCUUACUCCCCAUCCUUGAUCGAACGAUUGACUGUAAAAAUUCCUAAAAUGGGAAAAAUUAACCCCAUCCUUGAUCGAACGAUUUUCAUAUCAUCCAAAAUUUUAUAUAUAUAAAAAUAUAUAUUAGUUAUCAAAAGCUUGGGAAGAUGCACAUAAUGAAGUUGUUUUCAGAGACUUUGAGACGACAAAAAGAUACAAAAUCAACCAUUCGAAAUGCUUUAGUCAUCAACCUAGGCUUAAAAAUUCAAUAAUCUAAUGAGAUUCUUUAAAAUUUUAAAAAAAAAAAUUAAUUCAAUUAGAACAAAUUAAAAUUUAUAAAGUUUAAAAGGGUAACUAAUAAAUCAAAAUAUUAAAAAUUGGUACUUUUAUGAAAUUAAUUCAAAUUUUUGCUGUAAAAAUAAUUAAUAAAUACUCUUAACCCUCUUAUUUAAAAGUAAAUAAAAAAAUUAUAUAUAUGUGUUUUUUAUUUUAUAUAUAAAUUUUUUUUUAACCCCCCAUCCUUGAUCGAACAAUGGCGAGCCGUUCGAUCAAGGAUGGGGGGAAGGGAGUUAUAAAAACUGAGAAAGUAAAAAUGAAUUUAUUUCUAAAAAUUAUGCACUGCUCAAAAUGCAAAUUGGUCAUGUAAGCCUUAAUUUGAUGUAAGGCAGCUUAUAUGAGUGCUCAACUAUAUACACUUGUGACUGAACUUAAACAAAUGGGAAGCGUUGUUGCAAUUGCAGGAGAUGGAGCUAAAGAUGCACUUGCUCUUAAAAAAGCAAAUAUUGGGUUUGCAAUGGGAAUUGCGGGCACUGAGUUGAUUCAAGAGGUUGCUGAUAUUAUUUUACUUGAUAGCAAUUUUAGCUCAAUUGUAAAAGCUGUCAAAUGGGGAAGGAGCGUUUAUGAUAAUAUCCAACGCUUUAUUAAAUUUCAGCUUACUGUAAAUGUAGUAGUUAUAACUUGCGCAAUUGUUGGAGCUCUUACAAUUAAGCAAUCUCCUUUAACAGCAAGCCAGCUUCUUUGGGUUAAUCUCAUUAUGGACACUUUGGCAUCCCUUGCUCUAGCAACUGAGACACCAACAGAUGAUUUCCUAAAUCCACCUUAUUUAACAUAA